AUGGAUCGAGGGGACUCUUCGGCUACAGCAGAAGCGACCCCUCAAAGUCCUCCCAAUGCCACCCACGGGAAGUCACUUCAAAACAACAAGGAAAUUGCACACGUAUCGAAGAAAUCUGGUGCUAAUGAAGAUGGCAAAGAAACACAGAAAAAGAAAAAGAAGCUUUCCCUCAACUUCAUUGGGGGCUACGUGGUGGCGUUUUUCAAGGGAUGGAAGUUGGCCCUCGUGAUGAGCUCAGUAGUUCCCGUUUUGGCUGUUGCGGGAUUCUUUUUCAUGAAGAUGCUAACAACUGCUGCCAGCAAGGAACGCGAAUCUUACGCUCAGGCUGGAUCUGUUGCGGAGGAAGUUCUUGGAAGCAUCCGCACGGUUGCAGCAUUUGGCGCUGAGGAGAAAGCGAGAGGCAGGUAUGAAGAACAUCUUGAUGAUUCUUUGUCUUCUGGAGUUCGCGGAGGGAUAUUUACUGGAAUUGGCCUUGGAAUGACAAUGGGCUUUCUGUUUUUGUCGUAUGCUUUGGGAUUUUGGUUUGGAGGAAAGCUCAUUGCUGAUGAUAAAGAAUCUGGCUGUACUGGAGACGAUUGCUUCAACGCAGGAAAAACCCUCACGGUGUUCUUCUGCGUGGUGAACGCGGCCUUCGCAAUUGGUCAAUUUGCAUCCCCGUUUACGUCCUUUGUGAAGGGUGUCACUGCAGCUGAUGAGCUGUUGGAGCUUGUAGACAAGAAAUCGAGUAUUGAUCCAACUGAACCAACUGGGAUGAAAGGAACUGAGAUAAGAGGAGAUGUUGUGUUCAAAAAUGUUCAUUUUCAUUAUCCAUCGCGCCCUGAGAAUCAAAUAUUCAACGGGAUCAAUCUUCACAUUCCAGCUGGGAAAACCGUUGCGCUCGUUGGAGGGUCUGGCUGCGGGAAAUCAACAAUUAUUCAGAUGGUUCAACGGUUUUAUGACCCUGAUGAAGGAGAAAUCUUGAUUGAUGGGGUUGCAGUCAAAGAUUACAAUACAGCGUGGAUUCGGGACCAAAUGUCUUUAGUCAGUCAAGAGCCGCGAUUAUUUGCUCGCUCGAUUGCUGAAAAUAUUCGGGACGGUAGACUUGGUGCGACAAUUGAUGAAGUUCAAAGCGCGGCCAAAAACGCAAACGCUUGGAGCUUUAUUUCGGAAUUCCCUGAAAAGUUUGAUACUUUUGUUGGAGAAGGAGGUUCUCAGCUUAGUGGUGGACAGAAGCAACGCAUUGCUAUUGCCCGUGCCAUGCUUCGCGAUCCAGCCAUUCUGAUUUUGGAUGAAGCUACAAGCGCGCUGGACAACGAGUCGGAAAAAGUUGUGCAAAGUACUCUUGAUGCUCUUGUCGCAGCGCGUAAACGAACAACAAUCGUUAUCGCCCAUCGUCUCACUACAAUUCGUAAUGCUGAUCUCAUUAUUGUUUUGGAUAACUCAAAUGGCAAUGGAGCAGUUGUCGCUGAACAAGGUCGUCAUGAUGAAUUGAUGGCAAUUCCAAAUGGCAUUUACCAGAAUUUAGUGAACACGCAGAAGUUGCACGGGGUGGUGCAAACCAAUACACGGAAGCUGAGCCGUGACAGCUCAAUGCAAUCGGAUAUUCAGCUAGACGUCCAGAAGAAAUUGAGCCACUUGCUUCGACGGCCAUCCUCGGCAGCUUCCGAAUUGCGAACUGUUCAACAAGAAGAACCCGCGAAAGGGACAAAACCACCAAGACCACCGGGGUUUUUGCGUGUUCUCGGACUGCUGAAGCCUCACUGGUUUCCGAUGGCAUGUGGAAUUCUUGGAUCGAUGGCUUGCGGUGUCGUCUUUCCCGUCUUCGCAUUGAUUUAUUCGGAGUUUCUACCGGUUUAUUUCCUUGAAGAUCCAAAUGAAAUCCGGAAAGAAUCUUCUUUCUGGUCUCUCAUGUUUAUUGCCAUCGCUGGUGGAAGUUUGUUCGCUUACAUCUUCGAAAAGUCGUUCAUGGAGUGGUCGGGACAACAUCUCAUUCGUGAUCUUCGCGCACUGACAUUUGACAGAAUGGUCUAUCAAGACAUGAGCUAUUUUGAUGACCCUAAGCAUUCAACAGGGACAUUGUCACAGAUUUUAUCGAGCGAUGUUCUUCUAGUUAAAGGAUGGGGUGGCGAUAACAUGGGUUUGAUGAUCCAGAACGUCACUUCAUUGGCUUGUGGUGUGAUUAUCGCCUUCACUGCAAAUGCAAAACUCGCCGCUGUUGCUUUGGCUUCUUUCGCACUUCUUGUUCCUGCUUCUGCGAUGCACAUGAAGUUUUUGGCCGGCUCUGGGGAUGAGAUCACAGAGGGAUCCCAGGCAAUUUUCGCAAUUAUGAUGUCGGCCAUGGGAAUUGGACAAUCCAUGGUUUUUGCCACUGACGCCAAGAAAGCCAAGGAUGCAGCUUCCAGGGUCUACGCUGUAAUUGAUCGAGCCCCCUUGAUUGACUCCAGAUCAACCCGUGGAAAGGAGUUGCUGCCUAGUGACAUCCAUGGAGACAUUGUUGUUGAAAACGUUAAUUUCCGCUACCCAAUGCGCCCCGAUGUCCCAAUCUUCAGUAAAAUCACGUUCAGAAUCAAACCCGGUGAGACUGUUGCUCUCGUUGGUGCAUCUGGUUGUGGGAAAUCGACUGUUAUUCAACUUCUUGAGCGUUUUUACGAUGCUAAAAGUACCUCGGAUCCAACAUCCUCGAGCGGUGUUCUCAAACUCGACGGUCUGGACAUUCAAGACAUCAGAGUCAAGAGUCUUCGUAAUGCAAUGGGUCUCGUGAGCCAAGAACCAAUUCUUUUUAACACGAGUAUAAUUGAGAAUAUUCGCUACGGAAAAGCUGACGCUUCGGAGGAGGAAGUCAUUGAAGCCGCUCGCAUGGCGAAUGCCCAUGACUUUAUCGCUGCAUUCCCGGAUGGGUACAAUACGAUUGUUGGGAAAUUUGGCGGACAGCUCAGUGGAGGGCAGAAGCAAAGAAUCGCAAUCGCACGGGCAAUGAUCCGAAAUCCGAAGAUUCUGCUUCUGGACGAAGCAACAAGCGCGUUGGAUGCUGAAAGUGAGAAAAUUGUUCAGGCUGCCCUCGAUCGAUUGCUCGCCGAAUCGAAACGAACAACCAUUGUUAUUGCACAUCGUCUCUCGACCAUCCAGAAUGCUGACAAGAUUGUCGUCCUUGCAAAUCCGGACAGAGAAGGAUCAUCAGUUGUAGAAGUUGGAACCCAUGCAGAACUGAUGGGAAUACGGGAUGGUGUAUAUAGAAGUCUUGUCAACAUAGCCACUGCUACUGAUACAUCUUAG